AUGGCAUCUUCUAGUUUUCUUGCAGUCUCUUUGAUUGUCCUUUCAGUUCUGUUCUUCAAUAAUGCAGCUUCCCAAAACGACAUCGCGUCCACCAUCUGCAAGAAAACUAGAAACCCUUCUUUUUGCUUUAACGUGUUGAAAUCUGCUGGCACCACAAACCUGAAAGGACUGGCUACCUUCACCCUCAACCUUGCCCACGACAAGACUGUUAAAAGCCGUGCCCUCGCCCAGUCCCUGGCGUCCAAGGCGGCCAAUCCCAAGCUUAAGGAGCGAUAUGCCACUUGUGCUGAACUCUACGACAAUGCCACCGGCGACAUCGAGGAUGGGAAGGUCAACUUGGGGAAAGGUGACUACAAUGGCGUCAACAUUAAGGCGUCUGCAGCCAUGACGGAGGCCGGCGACUGUUUGGAUAGCUUUUCACAGCCGCCGAAGGACCCAUCGGCGCUGUCGGGCAAUGGGAAGACUGUGGAAGAUAUUUGUAGUAUCAUCUUGGUUAUAGCCAAUCUUCUUCUUGGGCGUGCCUAA